AUGAAAUUCUCCACCUUCCUCGUCGCUGCCAUCGCGUUGCUCGGUGUCGUCACUUCAGCCGACCAACCUGUCGUGAAAACGUCCGCGGAGGCGCUAGAGAAGGUCCAGGCGUCCGCCUUACCCGAUGGCGUCACGCUAACUGGUACGACGGAGAAGAUUGACCCACCUGCUUCAGCUGCUGCGGUUGCCACCAAGGAAGCCGACGUCCGUGAGAGCAAGCAUGUUGGCAAGAACAACAUGGAUGAGAAAGAAGACGAUGACGACAAGAAGGAGUUCUUUGGUGGAGGCCUCGGUGCAGCUGCACGUCACAGGAACUUGCUCGUCACGCUGGAUGCUAAUCGUGCAGUCAAGUCGGAUCCGAGUACUUCGUGUCGCUACUUGUUGCAGCUGUUUCGUAGUUAA